AAAUUUUAUUGGCUGGAAACCGGAUGAUCAGGAGUCCGAAAGUAAAUAAAAAAAAAAUUUCAUAAAAAGUGCCUUCGUCACCCUUCCUUUUGUCGACGUCGACACCUCUUCGUCAUCACUAAAAUCCGCUCCGCCCACCAAAGAUUCGACAAGACAUCGUCAUCGCCUCUCCGCUGUCACUAAAGGCCAUACUGUUGUAACCUACUUGCAAGCUAUAUCGAAGCGUCUAUUUUAUAUUUUGUCACUAUCCGUCACCUAUUGUCCGUUGUAUCCUUUGGAACUCGUCCAUAACCUUUUUGUGCUUACUUAUCGUUCGCCUUUUGCUGUAUCCAACGGAAGCCCAACAGAAAAGGGGUUUUUUUUGCUAUAUUCUUGAAGUACUACGUCACAACCACUGAACGAGAAAAAAUGACCGACACCGCAGCGAGAUCCGAUACGUCCUUCCCCAAUCGUCUACCUGAUGAAGCCUCCUCAUUUGUACACUCUGAGCCAACGGUAGAAGCUCUUUCCACCGGUCAGGACUCAGUCACGCAAGCUGACUCGUUGACUUCACCUGCCACCACCACCACCGCCACCGACGCAAUUAAUACUGUUGCUGUUAAACGGACCGCUACAGAAGAUCCAGAGGAGGCCAAAGAUCCAAAGGUGCUCAAAACUGAGCUUUCCCUGAAAGCAGAAGAAGUCCAGGUUUCCAAGCACCAUGAAUCUGAAGAAGAAAAAUCAGCCGUUGAUACCGAAAUAACUGAAGUCAAAUCGAUAUCGGUAGAACAGGACAAUGCUGCCGCUGCUGCUGCCGCCACUUUUGGGACACCACAACCAACGGAUAACUCGUCUUUGGACACCGCAAAUGGCAAUAGCAACAACAACGAUAAAGCGACCAUCAACAAUGCCGAUGACAACAGCAACAACAACAACAACAACAACCAAAGUAAUACGAAUAACAAUAAUACUCUUUUAAGCGUCCCCACCAACGCCAACGGACAAUCGGCCGCACUAUCAUUAUUAACGGAUCCUCAACACCAACAACUAUUACAGUACGCACAAGCUCACGGACAUGAUUUGGCCAAUCUCACAGCAUCGUCUUUGGCACAGGCCAUGGUUUCGCCUAUUGCGGUUCCUGGCAUGACAUCGAACUUGCUUCAACAACUACAAGGAAGUAACGUUAUCACAGCAUUACCAGGCCCUCCUCAGAUGCCACACCAACCAACCACGAUGCCGCAUCAAGAUGGAAACAGCCCACUUUCAGAAGAUGGACAGGGAAAACGAGGUCCGAACUCGCGUCAACUCACGAAUGAUGAGCGUCGUCAACGAAGGUUGCUCCGUAACCGUGUAGCGGCCAAGGAGUGUCGCAAGAAGAAGAAACAGUAUAUUCAGGACAUGGAAGAUAAGAUCGCACGACUGGAAGAAGACAAUAAUCGGCUGCGAAAAGAAGUGGAUGAUCUGAAUGCAAAGCUGGCCAUUGGUGCUAUGCAAGGGUCAGAAAGUUAUCGGCUGAUGAAGGAGGUGGAAGAACUGAAUGCGAAAUUAGGGAUGGGUCAUUUGCCCACCAACAGCGCACUUACGGCGGCUGUGAUGGCUGCUGCAACCGCUCAUCAUCAACAACAGCAUCAAGUAUCAUCACAUCAUCCUCCUGCUCCUGCACCUUUACAACCAUCCGCUUCACCCCAAACCCAACCUACACCGUCGUCUCAGCAGCCACAACCACAGCAGACCGAGUCAUCGAUACCAUCUUCGGAAGCGGCGGGAAAUGAAGAGAAGCCUGCGGAACAACCAUCGUCACAGGCGCCAACGGGAUCGGAGUCAUAAUGGAAAAAUGAAACUUGCUCCAUUGAGGUUAGGGCGGUCGAUCGUUUCGAAAUUGAUUGCCCGUGCCUAUCUACGAAUCAGGGAAUAUAGUUAAUCUUCAAUCAACAGAUAAAAAAAAAUUUAUUGCCACCAGUUAUUGUUCCUACUUUCCUCUUUUUUGGG